GAGCCGGGCUCAGCGCGGCAUCAGUUCACUGCCGCCGGGGCCGGGGUCUGGGUUACACCUGGAGCUGUACGCGGAGCAGCUGCAGCUGGACCGGGGCGGAGCGCAGCGCCUAGCCAGGGCCGCAAGGAGGGGCGUGUUGUCGUCGGCCCACAGCGAGCCUCCCCCAGCCGGCGCUCAGGCGCCUUCCCUCCGGGUCUCCUGCCUCCGCCUUCCGCUUCCCUCCAUUUCCCCGGAAUCUCAGCCCGGCGCGCCAGGAUCUCGGCCCUUUUCUGGGUGGGGAAGCUCCCGGCCUCUUUCCGGCUUCACUCCUUCAUCGCAGCCUGGGCUACCAGCCCUUUUUCCCCAUAUUCCUGGACUGGGUCCCACCCCUCGGUCCCCUUCCUUUAGCCCCGGCUCCCUACCCUUUCCCUUAGCCCAGAGUCCCACCGUCCUGGCUCCUCAAUCACUUUUCUCAGCCAAGACUCCCAGGCUUCCUUCCUACUUUCCCUUGCCUAGGGUCUAACCUUCCCUGUCCCUUCUUCUGCCCCAGGGCUCAGGCCCCUCCCCCCGCCUUUUCCAAGCCUGGGGUUCCAGACCUUUUGGUCUCCUCCAGUAGUCCUUCCUGGGUCCUUGUCCCUCUUCCCCAGUUUGGAGUCCCAACUCCUAGUUUCAAAACUUGGGGUUUCGAAAACCCCUUUGCCUCUCCUUUCUCACAGAGGACUGCUUCCACAAAAAUACCUCCUUAAAACAUGAACUUUCCUUAGACUACCCCAGCCUCUCUUCCCACCUGCUGACCCCUUGCUACCUAUGUCCCAGGUCUUACUUUCCCUUUGCUAAAGGUUGAGGCCUACUGGACUGAGGGAGCAGGAUGAUACCUCCGUGGUCUGGCAUCUGUGGCCUUUCUCCGCCACGGAUAUUCCCUUCAUUGCUCAUGGUGGUAGCCUUGGUGGGGCUGCUGCCUGUUCUCAGGAGCCAUGGCCUCCAGCCUAGCCCGACUGCCAGCACCAUCCGGGGCUCAGAGCCGCCACGGGAACGGUCCAUUGGGGAUGUCACCACUGCCCCACCAGAGGUCAUCCCAGAAAGCCGCCCUGUUAACCAUUCUGUCACUGAACACAACAUAAAGCCACGAAAGCCCUUUCCAGUCCUUGGCAUCGACUACCUACAUGUGCGUACACCCUUCGAGAUUGCCCUCUGGAUUCUGCUGGCCUGCCUCAUGAAAAUAGGUUUCCAUGUGAUCCCCACUGUCUCCAGCAUCGUCCCCGAGAGCUGCCUGCUGAUCGUAGUGGGGCUGCUGGUAGGGGGCCUGAUCAAGGGCGUGGGCGAGAAGCCCCCCCUCCUGCAGUCUGACAUCUUCUUCCUCUUCCUGCUGCCGCCCAUCAUCCUGGAUGCGGGCUACUUCCUACCGCUGCGGCAGUUCACGGAGAACCUGGGCACCAUCCUAAUCUUCGCCGUGGUGGGCACGCUGUGGAAUGCCUUCUUCCUGGGCGGCCUCAUGUACGCCGUGUGUCUGGUGGGCGGCGAGCAGAUCAACAACAUCGGCCUGCUGGACAACCUGCUCUUCGGCAGCAUCAUCUCGGCUGUGGACCCCGUGGCCGUGCUUGCCGUCUUCGAGGAGAUCCACAUCAACGAGCUGCUACAUAUCCUCGUCUUUGGGGAGUCCCUGCUCAAUGACGCCGUCACUGUGGUCCUGUACCACCUCUUUGAGGAGUUUGCCAACUACGACCGCGUGGGCAUCGUGGACAUCAUCCUCGGUUUCCUCAGCUUCUUCGUGGUGGCCCUAGGCGGGGUGUUUGUGGGCGUGGUCUAUGGGGUCAUCGCAGCCUUCACCUCCCGAUUCACCUCCCACAUCCGUGUCAUCGAGCCGCUCUUCGUCUUCCUCUACAGCUACAUGGCCUACCUGUCAGCCGAGCUCUUCCACCUGUCGGGCAUCAUGGCACUCAUUGCCUCAGGAGUGGUGAUGCGCCCCUACGUGGAAGCCAACAUCUCUCACAAGUCCCACACGACCAUCAAGUACUUUCUGAAGAUGUGGAGCAGUGUUAGCGAGACCCUCAUCUUCAUCUUCCUUGGUGUCUCCACCGUGGCUGGCUCCCACCAUUGGAACUGGACCUUUGUCAUCAGUACCCUACUCUUCUGCCUCAUCGCCAGAGUGCUAGGAGUGCUGGGCCUGACCUGGUUCAUCAACAAGUUCCGCAUAGUGAAGCUGAGCCCUAAGGACCAGUUCAUCAUCGCCUAUGGGGGCCUGCGAGGGGCCAUCGCCUUCUCCCUGGGCUACCUCCUGGACAAGAAGCACUUCCCCAUGUGUGACCUGUUCCUCACUGCCAUCAUCACCGUCAUCUUCUUCACCGUCUUUGUGCAGGGCAUGACCAUUCGGCCCCUGGUAGACCUGUUGGCUGUGAAGAAAAAGCAAGAAACAAAGCGCUCCAUCAAUGAGGAGAUCCACACACAGUUCCUGGACCACCUUCUGACAGGCAUCGAGGACAUCUGUGGCCACUAUGGCCACCACCACUGGAAAGACAAGCUCAACCGGUUUAAUAAGAAGUAUGUGAAGAAGUGUCUGAUAGCUGGUGAGCGCUCCAAGGAGCCCCAGCUCAUCGCCUUCUACCACAAGAUGGAGAUGAAGCAGGCUAUUGAGCUGGUGGAAAGUGGAGGCAUGGGCAAGAUUCCCUCCGCUGUCUCUACUGUCUCCAUGCAGAACAUCCACCCCAAGGCCCUGCCUGCCGAACGUAUCCUGCCAGCAUUGUCCAAGGACAAGGAGGAGGAGAUUCGCAAAAUCCUGAGGAACAACUUGCAGAAGACCAGGCAGCGGCUGCGGUCCUAUAACAGACACACGCUGGUGGCAGACCCCUACGAGGAGGCCUGGAACCAGAUGCUGCUCCGGAGACAGAAGGCCCGGCAACUGGAGCAGAAGAUCAAUAACUACCUGACAGUGCCUGCCCACAAGCUGGACUCACCCACCAUGUCUCGGGCCCGCAUCGGCUCAGACCCCCUGGCCUAUGAGCCAAAGGCAGAUCUGCCUGUCAUCACCAUCGACCCAGCCUCCCCACAGUCACCGGAGUCUGUGGACCUGGUGAACGAGGAGCUGAAGGGCAAGGUCAUGGGGCUGAGCCGGGAUCCUGAGAGGCUGGCUGAGGAAGAUGAGGAUGACGACGGGGGCAUUGUGAUGCGGACCAAGGAGCCCCCAUCUCCAGGCACCGAUGAAGUCUUCACCCCUGGGCCCAGUGACAGUCCCAGUUCCCAGAGAAUACAACGCUGCCUCAGUGACCCAGGCCCUCAUCCUGAGCCUGGGGAGGGAGAGCCCUUCAUCCCCAAGGGGCAGUAACACCAGGGCCAGUGGGCAGUGCCCGCCCCACCACAGACUCUCCCACCAGAGCAGCUGCUGCUGGGGGAGCCGGGGGGCUCCCCUCGCCCUACCUGACCUAGGCUGGCCCUGCCCCACCCCCACCGCAUGGCAGCUGGGCCCACAGCCCCCGCCGCAGCACGGCUUCCCCCAGCCUCCCGGGAAGCGGCCUUCCACCCCCAGAACUGCCUUCCCAAUCCAUCUGGCAGAACUGCUGGGGCUGGUGAGGCAGACCCACCCCUGCGCCCACCUGGAUCCAGGCGCUCUCCCAUACCCAGACUAGAGGCCUCUCCUCAGAGUUUUCCAGGCCUCGGAGUCUGUUCCUUGCCCCCACACCACUCCACCAGCCUCCUCAUUCAAGCCAAUCUUAGAUUCUAACCAAAGAGCCUCUGGCUCAGCCUUUUCCCACCUAGGAAGGGAAGGAGCUGAGGCCUCCCUUGGCCUAGGCCAGGUCCUCCUUCACAGGGGAAACACUAGGGCACCAGGAAUGUGGCCGAGUGAGGGAUUGUUUAUCCAUGGCAGGGCCACUCUACUGCUGCCAGCUCUGCCACCCACCCAGCCACCCUACCUGUCCUCACUCAGAGCUGUGGAAUGAGGGCAGCCCUGAGCUGCUCUGGCUGGAGCUGGGGCACUUUGGACAGUGAGGUGACGAACUCAGAGCUUUCCACCCUGUGUUCCUGCCGGUGCCACAGGCUCUUCAGGGCCUACUGCCAGGGGAGGGGCUGUCAGGGGGCUCUAGAACGUCCUACCUUUCUGUUUUAUUUGUUCACUCCUCCAUGUAUGAUUUUGUUUGCACAGAGGGCACUCCUGUUUUUUAAACAUUUUUAUACCCCUGUCUUACCAGAGCUUUCCCCUGUAACUCACUCCUCUUGCACCAGAGAAUUACCCCUACUCAUCUGUGCCUGUGUGUCCAGCACCCUCCCCACAAAUCGGUCCUCUUCCUCCUGGGCUUUCAACUAAGACCCAAAUGAUUCUGGUUUCAGAAGUGACCUCCCUGCCUCCCAAAUCAUUUCACAGAUGCUGGGCCUUCUGGCACCUUUGUUCUCGAGCCUGUUCUUUCUCACUUCCCCACCCCCAGGUUGGUCCCUGGAAUUCUUCCUUUUAUGUACACCCACACCCAGCUUGCUGUGGAGCCCGGUCCUCAGAGGAGACCUUCUCCCCCGAGGAUCUGCCUCAGCCAGGGAUGGUGGGUUGGGCAGAGUCCUAGGCCCCCAGAGGCCUUUGCUCACUGGCACAUACUCCCCGUCCCACCUGGGCCAGGCCCAGGCCUAUUGGUGUCUGCUGUUCCUCCCCAGGGCAUCCCCUUCCCAGGAUCGUGCAAUAGUCAGAGUGUCCCUCUUCCCAGUAGACUGGGCAGUGGGUCCACCCCGUCUCCCUGCAAGUGCUGUUUCUGGCAGGAGUCACCAUGCAAGGAUGACGUUGACAACCGUGUACAAAGCCACCACAGCUGCUGUUGCUCUGCCGCCUGCCUGUACAGAAGAAACGGAAUCUUUUUCAUAUUCUAAUAAAUCAGUGUGAGUUUUUAAUAGACUUGAGG